AUCAUUAGUUUUGAGACAUUCCAAUCAAAACCUCCAAAACCAAACAGUUUUGAUAAUUUGAAUAGAGUGCAAGCUAUAUUGGGAAUACGUUAUAGAAUAUUUGCUGUUGUUUAUCAUUACUAUAAAGUGAUUUUGAUAAAGUGAUUAUAAUGUUAUUUUGACGAAUCUGUUACAGUAGUGAUUAUAAUGUUUGAUUCCAUUGAAAUGGAAUAUGUGAUUAUAAUGUUAUUUUUGAUGAAUCUGUUACAGUAGACUAAAGUGAUUUUGAUAGAAAAAUAAAUAGAGAUUAUAAUGUCUAUAUUGUUUAUGCUGUGAUUAUGCCUUGUGUCAAUUUUAACCCGUCAAAAGGUAAAUAACUUUAAUUAAAUUGUACUCUUAAUCAUACAUUUAGGAUUAUGCCUUGUGUCAAUUUUUUUACUUUUUAUUUUAAAAAUAAAAUAAAAUCUUAUCAGUCUCGUAACACUUCCUAGACCUUCACAUGUUAUUGUGGAACCACUGUGCUGUCCUCCUUCACGCCGCCCUAGUCCCUCAACACUGCCGGCGUCUCUCACGCCUCUGCAAUCUGUGCUGUAACUAUCAAUUUCUGAGAUGAUGACAACUGUGGCGGUGACGGUGAACACAGUGAAGAACAGAAUAGUCUAGUGAUGACAACGGCGACGCUGACGGAGACGACCUGCAAAGACAUGCGCUGUCUUAGGUGCUUACAGUAGUUGAUUCGAUCCCAUGAAGAAAGUUAGAAACUUGAAGAAGAGAUUGGAAAGACCCGUUGAGUUGGAUAAAAUCAACAAUGAGACUAGGGUUCAAGAUGUCGAUUGGAUUUGCUCUCUUUCAGAGUCUGAGAUUGAUUUUAUGAUUAGCUUGAAACUGUUGAUCACAAAGCGAGCAGAAAGGAUAGGGUGUAAAAACUUGGCUGACAGAUUUGACCUUAAGACGAUUCGAGCUAUUGCAUUUGUUUUGAUGGAAAAUCUCAAAACAGAGGUAAAAGAAACAUCACUUGUACCAGACACGGUAAAAUCUACUGCCUUCUUAGAUGCUUGCAACAUACUUAAAUGUAGUAAUGUGGUUUCUGCAACUAUUGAAGAGCUUAGUAAAACUGUUGGUGCUGAUAUACAACCUAUUCUAACAAGUUCGACGCCAACUUCCAAACGAAAGAAGCGGAAAGUUGGAAGCAAAGAGUAAGAUUUUAUCCUGGAAGGACCUGAAAUUUAUUCUCCUUAUUUUGUUGUCCUUACAUGUGCUGUGAAAACACUGAUUUUGAGUGUCUCCAUAGGCUAAUUAGCUAGUAAUAUUUUUUUAUUUGGUUAGCAUUAAAUAUUUUCUGCAAGAUUGUAUAUAUGUGAGAAAAAACCAGUGCGGAAAAUGAAGAUAUGAAGUUUUGCAAUCUUUCAAUGA